AUGGCCGUCGCAGAAGCCGCAAAAAGGGCAUACGAGAGACUCUUGAAUCACGUGGUGACCACUUCAAACAGACCGCUUCUUUCAAAGCUUGUGAAAUCGCCAUUCCUACGACCUGAGCAGGCAAACCCUAUAGUGAAAGAGAGAUCGCAGAAGCUCAAGCAAUUCCUGAGUCAGAGCCUUCAUCGCAUCAACCCAAGCCAAUAUGCGUCGUUUCUUCAGGCCUUGUAUCCCCAGAGACGGUCACUAGCUCGCUUGGAGGCGCCAAUUGCGUCCAGAGCGAUGGUGAACCAUUCUACAUUGUUCAAGCAUUAUCUGGAGCUACCUAGCCCUGGAGUGGCUCAUAUGGAGCCACAGGACUUCGAGCACUUUAUGGAGGAGGUUCUUGAUCGGAGAGACUUUGUAAAACCGAAUUUACUCGGCUCUUCGGUAUCUGGAUACUAUACACCUUUACAGAUUGUAAGGGGGUAUAAGGACCUUUUAGUAAAGCGGGAAGCCCACGUGAAGAUGUGCUGGAAAGUGAUCGAAGACUUGAAGAAAGCCAAAAUCCCCAUAUCGAAUGAAGAACAGGAUCAGCUCAUCUACAUGAGUUUUUUUAGAGAUAGAAAGGACGUGCUAGAGGAAGUGAGGGCCGCUCUUCGGAAGGCGAGCAAGGCAAAAUACCAUGAGAAGGUUGCCGAAAUGGAUUUGAAGCAACAGCGUUUAACUUGGGAUUUGUACAAAAGGCUUCGGGCGAGUCUACCGCAGCGUCUUCCCUUGAGUUCUGUGAACGUACUUCUUUUCUGUGCUUUUCGUAAUGAGAAUGCAGAGGUCGUGGAUGACUUGCUCAAAUUAAUUGAUUUCGGUAAUGGCAAGGGGAAGUUGCAACCUGACAGUGAGACUUUUCGGACAUUGAUUUAUGGGUUCACCACUAAGGGGGAUUUUGAAAACGCCUUCAACUAUAGCUCGAUCGCAGUUGAUAAGUUUCCCCAUAUUGUCGACGUGAAAGUCGCCAAUAGCAUAAUACUGGCACUCAUUGCAGGUGGGGCCGCCAAAGAAGCAGAAACUAUCGUUCAAAGUAUAGUUGCUGGAAUUACCGCACCGCUAGAUCCAGAGGAAGGCUACCUCAAACGCUUGACGCCUGAAGACGAAAAAAUGUAUGAAGCAGCUUUAAAGCAAAGUAUCAACGAUGGAGCAACUCACAAGCUAUACCCAACUGAAAAUACGAUUUUCCCGUUGCUUAGCUACUACUGCGAGAGUCAGGCAGAUUUUACCAAUGUCAGGCUGCUAUUGCAAGUGAUAGAACACAUAUGCCAUCUUCCUUUAAGCACCAGAAUAUUUAUAAAGGUGUUUGAGUCUUUCAAAACAAGCCAGCAUUCGUUGGACGAUGCCAAGGACGCCGUCGCCAAGGUAGUUGGUCUUCACGAUGCGUAUCAUGAGAUCAGCACUGACUUGAGACUCAGAGACAAGCUUGAUAAGCUUCACAUGCAUCCAGAAGUAGAGAGCUUGCUUCACGAAGCCUUGUCGACCGAGGAAACUAAUCUACCUGUCGAGCAAGGAGCUUUCCUCAAACUUCUGGAUCGUUUAGUGCUGACGAUAUUCGAUGCAUUCAUACUGACCACAGCAAGAGAGCAGCCUGACUUAUCGCUGGAAAUCGCAAGUCGUAAAGCGCAAUUAUUCGAAUUGCUCGGGGAAACAAGAGCCAAAGCUUCGAGGAACUCAUUCGAUGGACCCACGAGUGCAGAGCUUUAUCGUCGUGAUGAGCUUGUCUACAUUAAAAAGGGGUAUCUUAUCGAUCUCUUAGACGUUCUCAGCUGA